AGUGCAGUUUCCGUCCGCUCCUCAGGAGGCGCUGCCCCUGGCUGCCGGGGCGAGCUGGCGGGCAGUGGCAGUUAGGACAGUGGGGGCUCGGGGCUGGCGGCUCGCGGCCAUGGAUUGGGGCUCGCAGUCGGCAGCCGUGAGGCGGCUCCGUGUCAGUGGGGAGCGCCGGGGGAACUCGGCUGCCCCGGGACAGAAGGAGCCAGAGGCCUUGGAGCAGGGGCCGCAGCUCGGGACGAGCACCCAAGACUGGACGCGAAGGCGGAGCAGCGGUGGCGGCCGGGUCGCGGAGUCCGGGCUGUCGGAGGCGCGCGCCGCGCUCGCGCUCCUGUUCUACCUGCUCGGGCUCCGGCUGCUCGUGCAGCUCUCCUUGCGGCAGCUCGUGUUGCCUGCCGUCUCGGGGCCCCGCCCGGAGUUCAACGCGCUCCGAGCCCGGAAUUACCUUGAACAUAUAACUUCUAUUGGUCCCAGAACUACAGGAAGCCUAGAAAAUGAAGUUCUCACAGUUAACUACCUCUUGGAACAGAUUAAGCUGAUCAGAGCGGAAAGCAACAGCAUUCACAAGAUUUCAAUAGAUGUGCAACAUCCAACAGGCUCCUUCAGCAUUGACUUCUUAGGAGGAUUUACCAGCUAUUAUGAUAACAUAACCAAUGUUGUAGUAAAGCUGGAACCAAAAAAUGGAGCGCAGCAUGCAGUACUAUCCAAUUGUCAUUUUGACUCAGUUGCAAAUUCUCCAGGUGCCAGUGAUGAUGCAGUUAGCUGUUCAGUGAUGCUUGAAAUCUUACGAGUCAUGUCAACAUCAUCAGAAGCUUUACAACAUGCUGUCAUAUUUCUCUUUAAUGGCGCUGAAGAAAAUGUCUUGCAAGCCAGCCAUGGAUUCAUUACUCAGCACCCCUGGGCUAACUUGAUUCGUGCAUUUAUUAACCUGGAAGCAGCAGGUGUUGGAGGAAAAGAACUUGUAUUCCAAACAGGUCCUGAAAAUCCUUGGUUGGUCCAAGCAUAUGCUUUAUCAGCAAAGCACCCUUUUGCCUCAGUGGUGGCUCAGGAGGUUUUUCAGAGUGGAAUUAUUCCUUCAGAUACAGAUUUCCGUAUCUAUAGGGAUUUCGGAAGCAUUCCAGGAAUAGACUUGGCUUUUAUUGAGAAUGGCUACAUUUAUCAUACCAGGUAUGAUACACCAGACAGAAUUCUCACCGAUUCUAUUCAAAGAGCAGGUGACAACAUUUUAGCUGUGCUUAAAUAUUUAGCUACAUCUGAUAGGCUGGCUUCUUCCUUUGAGUACCGACAUGGAAACAUGGUCUUUUUUGAUGUGCUUGGCUUGUUUGUCAUAGCCUAUCCCGCUCGUGUUGGCUCAAUAAUUAACUACAUGGUGGUAGUAGUUGUUAUCCUAUACUUGGGCAAAAAAUUCUUGAAGCCCAAACAGAAGGCUACUAACUACACAAAGGAUUUCUUCUGUGGACUUGGCAUCACAUUAAUAAGUUGGUUUACCAGCUUAGUUACCGUUCUUAUUAUAGCCCUGUUCAUUUCUUUGAUUGGACAGUCUCUUUCAUGGUAUAACCACUUUUAUGUCUCUGUCUGUCUAUAUGGGACUGCAGCUGUGGCUAAGAUAACACUUGUUCAUACACUUGCAAAAAGAUUCUAUUAUAUGCAUACAAACGAACAAUACCUGGGAGAGGUGUUUUUUGACAUCUCAGUAUUCGUGCAUUGUACUUCUCUUCUCCUGCUCACUUCCCGAGGACUGUGUUCUGCAUUUCUUAGUGCUAUCUGGGUGGUGUUUCCAUUGCUCACAAAGCUGCUGGUCAAUAAGGAGUUCAAGCAAAAUGGUGUCAAAGGAAGAUUUAUCAUGAUUUACCUGCUGGGCAUGUUUAUUCCGUAUCUCUAUGCACUGUACCUCAUUUGGGCAGUGUUUGAAAUGUUUACACCCAUCUUGGGAAGAAGUGGUUCAGAAAUCCCACCUGAUGUUGUGUUGGCUUCCAUUUUGGCUCUCUGUGCAAUGAUUUUGUCUUCCUAUUUUAUUAACUUCAUCUACCUUGCCAAAAACACAAAGGUGACGAUAUUAGUUUUGGCUUCAGUAUGUGCAGCUACAUUCCUUCUUGUUUGCAGUGGUAUCUUCUUUCCAUAUAGUGCUGAUCCUGCUAAUCCAAAGCCUAAAAGAGUCUUUCUUCAGCAUUUGACUAGAACAUUUCAUGGCUUGGAUGGAAAUGUAGUGAAAAGAGACUCUGGAAUAUGGAUUAAUGGAUUUGAUUACACUGGAAUGUCUCACAUCACUCCCCACAUUCCUGAGAUCAAUGAUACUAUCAGAGCCCCUUGUGAGGAGGCAGCUCCCCUCUGUGGUUUCCCUUGGUACCUUCCAGUGCAUUUUUUAAUCAGGAAAAACUGGUAUCUUCCUGCACCAGAAGUUUCUCCCAGAAACCCUGCUCAUUUCAGGCUUAUAUCGAAAGAGCAAACACCUUGGGACUCUAUGAAAUUAACCUUUGAAGUAACAGGUCCUAGUCACAUGUCGUUCUAUGUCCGAACACAUGCUGGAUCAACACUUUCCCAAUGGUCUCUUGGCAAUGGCACACCAGUUACCAGUAAAGGAGGAGAUUAUUUUGUAUUUUACUCUCAUGGACUACAGGCUUCUCCCUGGCAAUUCUGGAUAGAUAUGAAGGUCUCAGAAGAGCCUCCUGAAGGAAUGGUCACUGUGGCCAUCGCUGCCCAUUACCUUUCUGGAGAGGACAAGAGGUCUCCCCAGCUGGAUGCCUUGAAGGACAGGUUCCCUGAUUGGACAUUUCCUUCCGGUUGGGUUUGCACCUACGAGCUCUAUGUAUUUUAAUCUUUGUCCAGUUGUAGGAACAAUGGCUAGUGCCAUCCUCCAUUCCUGUCUGACAUGGAAUAUGACCUUAGGAAGGGAAUUGGAUUGGUUCGGCAGUGGAUUAGGUGCACUCUGUGGCUUUUAAGUGUGCUAUGGAAGCUGAGCUUUUUAAAAUGGGUGGGAAACUGACUUGACAACUGAUAGUUUUACUAUUCCUUGUUUCAGCUAGAAAAGAGGCUGGGAAAAACUUUCAAGCAGCAGAACACUAGAGAAUAUGCCGAAAGUGGCCUUUUUUGAUUCUUGAAAAUGCCAGAGCAAAGCUUAUGUAGUCAUUGCCAUUUGCAAGGGUAUUUCUUUUAUGUGACCUUUUAAGAAAAAGGGAAAAAAAUACACUAUACUCUGUUCCCUCAGGAUCAUGUAGAAAUUAGGCGAUGUUGAAGUGUUAUCAAAGUGUCAAGUGUUAGCAUUUCCGAUUUAAAGCCAUAGAGCAUUUGUGUUGUUCAGUGGUUAGAACAACAUACGAAGUAGUGACGCUAACUAGGAUUGAACUGUGUAGGGGAUGAUGUGGCUGUGUGAAGGAUGGAGACUGACCCGAUGAUCUUUCGAAGUUCCUUUCUAGCGCUAAUGAACUGUAAUUCUUAAGGAAACUGAAGAGUGCCCCGCAUUGCUACACUUGUGAAACAUUCACCAAUAUUGGGAAUUGCAUGCCACUGUCUUGGGUCACCAUUGCACACAUCUUGGCCGUGGUGUUUUCAAUGCCUUAUAUUCUAGAAAUCUGUGUACUUGCUCUUGAAUAUACCACUUUAGGGAAUGGAGUAUGUAGGAGAAGCCAAGUUUUCCCUUGGGUUCUCAUAGGCCUUUCUUUCCAGGGAACUGCUAGUGCUUGGAUCUAGACACAGAUGAAAGAUGACACCAACUUGCUGCAUCAAAGCACUGAGCUGCCCUUUGGCCAAUUUUUUUUUUUAAUAUGGUUGAAUUUUUUAUAAAUAUUUAUUCUGAUUUCUAUUAUGUAGGAUGUUAUUUUUCUGGGUUAUUUCUGUGUCUUUUUACGAUGUCUUAUGCAGAAGACACUGUACUGGUGGGUUCAUGUCACAUUCUAUUGUAAGAUUAGUUCUGUAAACAUUCCUUUAUUUUCUAGGAAGGCUAGUUUUCCUUGGGAGUUUGAAGAUGUGUCUUCUGGUGAGAUUGAACCCCUGAACAUACUGUGAAAAUGAUGUGAUAGUGCCCAGGAAUUUGGUAUUUGAUUUGUAAUGUGCUGUUCCUUUAAAAAAAAAAAAAUAUAUAUAUAUAUAUAUAUAUAUAUUGCUUGUAGAUAGUUCACUAGCAGUAGGAAUGGCCUGGGUCACUAUUGAGUCCCUAUAGCAGAUAAGUUGAGGCAGAUUUUCCUUAAUUAAGAAAUUCAGAAAGAGGGCACAUAUAUACUUGUUGAGCUUCAGCAAGUAUGCAGGACUACACACUGAACAUUCAUUUUAUUAAGAAAAAGUAGAUGAGGCCCCUUGAUUAGAGAUGAAAAACAGAAGUGUCUAUGUCUCGAAAAUGAGUAAAGUCUCCAUAUCCUUUAGAAGUGGGAGUAGGAUGGCAAGUAAGGAUGGUCUGUUUACCACUGAAUAGGAUAUCUUCUCUGUAAAUUGUCUAUCUAAUUUGUGACUUAUUAAAACUAAAGUAAGCCCUCUGGGUAGCAGACUGCAGCAGGACUCCCAAAAUGCUGGGUUCCAGAAAGUUUGACUUAUUAUACAUUGCAUUCUGGAGGCUUUACUGUUUCUGAGGCACCAAACUUUCAUUUUGAGAACUCAGAGUGCCCGUGUCUGGCUACUGCUAGGCCUUUUGAUGAAAGAUCAUUUCUGAUUUCAUGUUGCUGAAGGCUUGAGGUAUUUGGGAACUUUUUAGCUAUUGUAGAGAAUUCUAUUCCGGAGUUAUGAAAAUGGGAUGGACAGAAAAGAGAUUCUCUCUAGAAAUGUCUAAGUAGAUGCAGAUUUUCUGUCCUUAUGCUUAACCUGAAAUCUGAAAUGAUUAGAAUUUAUUAUUAGGGAUAGAUAUAAAUGUUCUAGAAAGCAGAAUAAUAUCCCCCUCCCCACCCCCCCACCCCCCCUAUAUUUUUCCUGGAUAAGGAGUUUGCUGCUAUUCACUUCUGGUGGUAAUCAUGAUUUUCUUUUUUUACUUUUUUGGAAUAUUUGUCCUUUUUAAUUGUGUUGAUCAUUUUAUGAAGUUUGGUUGUCAUAGGAGUUGGUCUUUCCAGGUGGUUUUAGUACAGAGAUGAGAUAUCCAUACUGGUCUUAUUAUUAGAAUGUUAAUGCAACAUUUCCAUUUUUAUAUUUUACAUGCCAGAAAAGUUCAAAUAAAUAAAAUACUCAGAGCUAUUUAAUAAGCACAUUGAGCUGUUCUUGACAGAUCAGUAGCAUCUAGACUAAAUGAACUCAUUUAUAUUUUUUAGAGCCUCUGAUAAGAUCAUUUCAGUGACUCAUUUUGGGAAAGGUCUUUUAAAAUCAUAACAAAUGCUCUAUUUUAUACAGCAUUUAAGCUGUAAGUAGCACAAUGUUUGGAGAAAGUAUGAAGAAGGGUGAUUUAGUUAUUUCUGAAUUUUACAUUGUGCCUCUGACUUCAAGAAUGAUUGUCAUGUGGAGUUUCCUGUUGUCACAGUUUUAACAAAUGUAAAUAAGCAUGCUAUGAACCCUUAAAAUGUCACCACUGAAGCAAUAAUUGUGUGCAUAUUUGAGGAAUAGAUAGCCAGCUCGCUGACUCAGGAAGCAUUCUUUAUAAAAAAAUAUAUACAAAGUAUGUGUGUGUGUGUGUGAGCAUGAGUGCGUGUGUGUGGACACAUACACACUGGUGAUUGUUGAUUUGAGUUGCCUGUUUGUGUUGGGAUUAUUGAAGAUUUACUCGCUGCCUUAUGUUACUAAAACUUUUUAACCCCCUGCUUUCUUUUUAUGGGGAAAUAUUGUUCAGCCUCUGAAAUUCUCUCCUGAUUUCCUUCCCCUCCAUUCAAGGGUUACAUACAUAUUUUAAAAAAUCCGUUUUGUUUGUACAAUGUAAUUAAAAUGUAAUUAUGGUUGCUCUUUAUGGUGGAUGAUGUGACCAAAGAACAUAACAUUUAACUGGAAUGUGUGUUAUGGUGGGACUUUUACAUUUGAAUGAAACUUUACAUCUCAACUUCAUAGAAAUUAAAGCCAAGUUACUUGGGAGUUGUUAAUUGCUCAGCUGCAGUGGAUUGAUUGGAGGGGAUUGCUACUGUUAAAUCAUUAACAUUCUAAGUGUUAAUAAAUUUUUUUUAAAAUAAAGGGAUAGUAAAAAUGAA